AUGGCACAAUACAAUAUACAGCAACCCUGAAAUACAAAGUCACAAAAACACACACACACACCUAGUGAAAAUGUUUCUCCCAAUUCUCUUCAUCUUUUCACUCCUAAUUUGCUCCUCCCCUCACACUGCAGCACUAGACUUCUGCAUUGCAGACAUGUCAUUUCCUACCGGACCAGCAGGCUUCCCCUGCAAGAAGCCUGCAAAAGUCACCCCGGACGAUUUUGCAUUUUCUGGGCUAGGCAAGGCAGGUAACACCACCAAUAUUAUCAAAGCUGCAGUGACCCCCGCAUUUGUUGCCCAAUUCCCCGGUUUGAAUGGACUAGGUCUUUCCAUCGCCCGGCUAGACCUAGCCCCCGGGGGAGUGAUACCAAUCCACACACACCCUAGUGGAAAUGAACUCUUGUUGGUUCUUCAAGGGACAAUUUGUGCUGGUUUGAUAUCUUCUUCAGACAACAAAGUGUACUUGAAAACUCUCAAUAAGGGAGACAUUAUGGUGUUCCCUAAAGGGUUGUUACACUUCCAAAUAAAUUCAGGAGGAACAUCAGCUCUUGGAUACGUUAGCUUCAGUGAUCCAAGCCCCGGUCUCCAAAUCCUCGAUUUUGCUUUGUUUGCUAACGAUUUGCCUUCUGAAAUUGUUGAGACGGUCACUUUCCUUGAUGAUGCUCAAGUCAAGAAGCUCAAGGGUGUUCUUGGCGGCACCGGCUAAAGCUAGCUCUCUGAAGACUAACUGAUGUCUCCAUUGCUUUUCUUCCAAUUCAAUUUCGUGUUUUCGAGUUUCUUACUUUGUUGUGCUAAUUAAGGUCUGUGAGUGUAGGGAUUCUACUAGUUGUGUCUUUGAUUUGCUUAAUUUUCGUUGUCGAAUUGUAUGCUUGAUGAGUGUAACUGCAUGCCAAGUUUGCAACAAGCAACAUUUUCUGAAGGCCAACGCUUUCUAUUUGAAUAAAUUCACUAAGUUAGAUUUGGUGUA